AAUAAGGGAUGUACUGGUCCGUCGGUUCAUAACCCGUCACAGAAAUUCUCCAGGAAGGCCAACUCCGCAAGCUCACUGAGACUCAGCCCCCCAAAGAAAAUAAAAGGUAAAGACAGAUCUGUAUCCUCUCCUAAUUCUCCUACACGCUAUUUCCACCACCACCCCUCAAGUCAGCCAGAUCUUAGAUCCACCACUACCACUCACCACCACCAUCACCACCACCACCACCCCUCACUGCAGCAAGAUUCUGGAUCCCCCACACAUAACCCCGCCUACAGAGCUGCCUCGGCUCCACAGGAGCUGUCACAUGACCAAUCACAUGACCCUGUGAUUGACAGGCGAGAGAAGGCCGCCACCAUACCACGCGGACUGACGGAGCCUGUGGCAGAACUUCAGACAUUUAAACCGAUCGGAAUUCUCAAACCUCCCUCAACGUCCUCGGUCUACGAUAAUGUCACAGGAACUGUGGUUUUGCGGAAAACAAACAAUACCCAUGAUACAUCACACAGGAAGUCUAUGCCAGCUGCUGUGUCGUUUGUGGACCACAACAUAUUAAGUGAAGCGCGACCAGCAUCAGCCAUCCAUUUCACACACAAGUUUUACCAGAGCCAGGAGCAGGAGAACUGCCCCCGUCAGGUGCCCUCCAGGCAGGGAGGCAGUCAAGGGGAGAUCCAGGGGAAAUUAAGGCGGCCUGUCCACAUCGAAACUGCUUUUGUUGGUGAUAACUCUUUUGUGACCUCCAGUGAGGAUCAAGGUCAUAGGAUUUCUUACAUCGAUACGUCCACGACUGUUGUUGCUCCGACGCCGACUCGACCCGAUCAAGGUCAUCCCAAGGUCAAAGAGGAAAUCUCACACAGUGUUUCUACUGCAGUAAGGUCAGAUGUCAAUCCAUCACCUUUGACCUCAGAUGUAAAAGGUUAUCAAUUAUCCACUGAAAACAGACAGCCGAAUUCUGACAAUUUUUCUCUUGAAAGCUUGGAUCAUACUGAAAAUAACGAGACACCAGGGUCUGUGUAUAAAGUAUCAGUGAGCGCGACGGGAGUGAACGGAGUAUUGACUGUGUCAAGAUCAAGCUUAUCAGGGUCAUCGGAUUCCCCUGAAUGGCCUUCACCUCCAGAACCUUUGACCCCAAUGACCCCACUGACCCCGGAGUGUCAGGUGGAGUUUGACAGUAACGUUUUAAAACGCAUGUUACAAUCGCUACCCGUGUCCCCAGAAGAUCCAAACAUGGAUAACGGUUACCAUGACGAUCCAACAGUCUCCAAAAACUCAAAAUCCUCGGGACUCGGUCGUACCAAGAGUCUAAAUACGCAUGAUAGGGUGAAAAAGCAACAGAAUGGAACCCAAGUGGCCAAAAAAGUGGAGCAGGGUCGUCCAAGUCGAUUCUUUAACAACAACAACAAUUCCAAGUCCCGCCAGACGAGGUUACUGAUAGAAGAAGAACUGAGACUGAGGGACCGCUGCGUGCGGGACAGCUACGGCGCCGAGAGUUACCCCGACAGCGGCAUCGGCGGGAUGGACCACGCCGCCAGUGUCUGCUCAGGAAACAGGUUAGAGGUUAACCCUUCAACCACAGGAGCAGGUUCCUCUGGAGCCAGUAGUCGUGGCAGCAGCAGCAGCGGUCGUCAUAGCGACCUGAUCAAUCAGCUGAGUGACACCUCGGAGAUCAGACAGUGUAACCCCACAGAGGUCAGUGUUACCUUCACAAUUGUAUAUAAAAUUGAAACACAGGCCCAUACGGAGAGUGAUGAUUAA